GGCCCAGCCCAUAUUACGACGUUCCUCAAUUCUCCAGCGGGAAGGAGAGAAAAGGAGAGAAGGGUUCGCCUCCUCAUCAAAUCUUCUCCGCUCACCGGCCAUGGCGGAGAAGGAGAAGGGUCAGCACUUGCCCAAGUUCGGGGAAUGGGAUGUGAACGACCCGGCAUCGGCCGAUGGAUUCACUGUUAUAUUCAACAAGGCCCGGAACGAGAGGAAGGGCGGUACCAAAACCGACACCCCUAGCAAAGAUUCUCGCAGCCACAAGAAGAACACCGUCGUUCUUGGGAAGCCUCAAUCUAUGCAGAAACGAUGGUUAUGCUGCGUAAAAGCCGAACGUGCCGAUUGAACUCUGUUUAUGAAGAGUGGGAGCUUGAGGUUGAUGAGCUGUCUACACCAAAAGAUGAAGAAAAUGGCGCUUAAGAGAAUAAUGUUUGUCUUUUUUAUUUUAUCUAUAAACGACUAAGAUUUAUUGACGAAAUUCUUCUCUCCCAUGUGGAUUCUGUUAAUAAAAAUUAUCUAAUUCUACUA